AUGUUCGUCAAGAAACUGGUGACGAAGGGUAUUGCUUCUGGCGUUGGACUCGCAGCCGAAGCUCGUGCAGAGCACAAAGAGAAGAAGGCCCGAGCGAACAGCAGAUCGCCUUCGCCCAAUCCGCUCCGCGCCCCCCGCAAAGACGACAAAGUUCAGGAAGACUCCAGCUCCGACAGUGAGGACGAAGUCGAGCUCGCAUGGGAGCUUGACGACGCUGCAGCUGAGCUUUCGGGACCACCUCCUGCGUAUGAGGAUAUCGACAACGAGCCAGCGCCAGAUCCCAAAGCCGUUGCACAAGACUUCCUGCGCCUUCAUUCUGCUACCUCCCUUGCGGUGAAGCAAUAUAAGCCCCUACCCUGCCCCGUCAUACUCCCGCAAAGGCGACCAAAGAAUAAGGAACGUGGGUUCAUUCGUGCGUACCCGCCGAUCCUCCUUGAGACUUCUGGCAUCGAUCAAAAGACCUUCCUCGAUUUUCUGGAAGAUUUCGAUAAAGCAAGCAAGGCUUCCCCAGUCUUUGAUGUCAUCAAUCUGGCAUGUUUUGCCGUUGGGUUUAUACCUAAUCCCAUUGCGAUGGCAGUCACCACAGCUGUGCAAGUGGCCAGCCGGACAGCCCAGGAGAUGCAGAGCCGAUACAGGCGCAACGGAUACUUGGAUCAGAUCAACGAGUCGUUCUUCAAGCCUCGGGGCCUGUUCUGCAUGAUCAUGACAUUCAAGCCAGAUGCCCCGCCCGUCUUGGGGAUAAAUGUCACCGCAGAAGACAAGGCGCUGGCAAAAGUGGCCUCUGAGCCCGAUUCAGAGUUUCGUGCGAAGUUGAGUAAACUACGAUUGACCUCCGGCACGGCGCAAGGCGAAGUGUCCCUCCCAGAGGCAGCGCCACUCGUCUAUCCCGCCAUUGAUGCUGCAGUGGACGAUUCCUCGGCCGAGAAGCAGAACUUCUUGAAAAGUUCGGGGGCAUUCAUGAGCACCUACCUGGAUCGCCGCGCACAAGCAGAGUAUGCCGGCACUCACUCCGAGUCGCAAUUAGUCGCGCCCGAAACCGAGCGACAGUUCAAAUCGAAGUACGCGGAUCCAAACCAUCCAAUUCAUAGCGGGACCAUUUGGGGACUCGUGACAGCCGGCAAAUUUGACCCGGUCAGAGAUAAGCGAGCUCGUAAAGCAGAGAGAAGAGCAGCAAAGAGAGGAGUGGUGCUCACGGAGGAAGAGAUUGAGAACGUGAAGAUGGGCCGAAAGCUCGCUCCCGAAAGAGGCGGGAGGCGUAAGGGCCGUGGCCCGGUCGGACUGGUGCUUACACCUGUAAGAAAAGCGAUGCAGAAGAACAUACGUGAGUCAUUCAUCCCUGGAACACUUGUACCGAGCACUUCGGCCUCCCGGCGUGCAUUUCAUCGUCGAUAUCAAUACUCUUGUGGAGGACUGGACCACCAUCCAGACCAGCUCGAGCCUCCUUCGCUCCUACAGACCCCUAGCCCUGAAAAAUGUUUCCUGGUCCCAGUUUGCUGA